AUGCUGCGACAGACUCAGCUUCGUCUAGUGCGUGAUCCUGUACCAACUGAUACCAAGGCUUUUUACUCAUGGUUUAGUGGACAGGCAUACCGUCAGGAACGUGUGAUCCCUGGAGGUUACCCUGCGGUACGUGUUUAUCCUGUAUACGGAAAGAGGUGGUUUACAGGACGUACUGUAAUGGCAGCUAUAGCAGGAAUAUCUAUUUUUGGUGCAUGGUGUAGACCAGAAAGGGAACGAUAUAAUAUGGAGAUGAUGAUUGAAUGGUCAGAGAGACAGGCUGCUCAUCUUCCAUAUCAGAAAGCUGAGGUAAAUCUUCGUUGUCUCAUAACCAGCUACAAACGACACCGUUAUGAACAGGAAAAUCUUAUAGAUAAGGGAUUUGUAGGUCUUACAUCUGAGUUCCGUAAAUUCUUCUACCACGAUGAUGUAUGGCGUCCGCCAUUACAUGAUGUUCUCAUGCACCCAUACGCAAAAUAUGGAGGACCAUUGUUCAGUUAUAAUUGGACUAUAGGUUACUUUUAA